UUUGUUUAUUUUCUAUUACAGCACUAAGUCAUUUGACUAAUCUGGAAAAUUUGGAUUUAAGUUUUACCGGUCUUAACGUCACACCAAGUAUCGAAGGUUGUAUGAGCUUAAUGAAACUGGAGAGGCUACAUACUAUAUCUCUUGCAGAUAACAAGUUCAACAAGAGCAUCAUCUCAUGCCUAAGUUUCCUCUCAUCUCUCAAGCUUCUUGAUCUUAGUUCUAACGAUUUGGGAAGUUCCUUUCCAUUGCAAGAAUUAUCUUCCUUGAGGAACUUAAAUACACUUGACUUGAGCUCCUGUGGCCUUCAAUCACUCACAUUAAAUGGUACCAUGAGCAACCUCGUGCACUUGAACCUUGAUUCCAACAUCUUCAAUAUUGACGACAUGAGGUUCAUUGCUGCAUUUCCAUCCCUAAGAUUUCUUUCUUUGGAGCGUUGCUUCAUUGAGGUAGGAAGACUUUUUGCUAAUGGAGUACCUAAUUUGCCUUACUUGGAAGUUCUCCUCUUGAGUACAAAUAAUUUCAAUGAAACAUUGCCGAUGGAAGGGAUUUGCGAGUUAAAGAACCUCCAUGAGCUAGAUCUUAGUGCUAACAUGUUUGGUGGAAACCUGCCGGAAUGUCUCAAAAUGCUAUCAUCUCUUAGGUUGUUUGAUAUCUCGUCAAACCGAUUCUCCGGAAUGCUUUUGCCAUCUUUGAUUGCUAAUCUCACAUCUCUCGAGUACAUUGAUGUUAGCCAUAACAAAUUUGAAGGCUCAUUCUCUUUUAGCUCAUUCUCUAAUCAUACAAAGCUUGAGGUUGUUGAAUUAACAAGUGACAAUGACAACUUCAUGGUGGAAACAGAAGAACCUAUAGGUUGGACUCCUAUGUUCCAGUUGGUAGUUCUUGUGCUAUCUAAUUGCAAUGUGAAUAGAGCAAAAGGAAGUGUUCUUCCUGGAUUUCUAGUUAACCAACACAAGUUACAAGUGCUAGACAUAUCUCACAACUCCAUACAAGGAGAACUUCCUAAUUGGUUGAUUAAAAACAACACAAUGCUGGAACUUCUUAAUCUAAGGAACAACUCAUUUUGCCAUAAUUUCCUUAUGCCAUUUUAUAGGAAUCCUAAUAUAUGGUGGCUGGAUUUGUCUGGAAAUCUCAUGAUGGGUGUUAUUCCUAAAGAUAUACAAAAGUUCCUUCCCUAUAUAACUAAUUUGAAUUUGUCCAGGAAUUCUUUAGAGGGUGGCAUACCGUGUUCAAUUGGUGACAUGUGGCAAUUAGAAACACUAGAUUUAUCUAGUAAUCAAUUGUCCGGAGAAGUACCAACAGGAUUGCUUACGGACCUCUCUGAAUUGUCUUUAUUAAAGCUAUCUAAUAACAUACUGCAUGGUGAAGUACUUUCAGGAAACUUCAGCUUCGGUAACAUUGAGAGCAUUCACUUGGAUAGUAACUAUUUCUCAGGGAAAAUUCACAGUGCGCCCAACAAAACGAGUACAUUGUCUCAACUAACAGUUUUGGAUAUUAGCAAUAACCUUUUUACAGGUUUGGUUCCUCACUGGAUAGGCAACGGUACCUUGAAAGAAUUUGUGGCAAGAAAUAAUAGGUUGGAAGGUCAGUUUCCUUGUGGAAUAGCUUCACUCCGGUUUCUCGAUAUCUCAGAAAAUUAUUUUUCCGGUACCAUCCCAGCGUGCUUAAAUUUGCAAAUUGUUGAGCAUCUUCAUAUGGGUUCUAAUUUAUUAACUGGAUCAAUACCCAACUCUUUUCGUAGUAUGUUUAGUAUUUUGACUUUGGACAUUGGCAACAAUAGUUUGUCAGGACCGAUUCCUGAAUUUCUCGGUGAAUUAUCGGACUUACGGAUUCUUCAGUUAAGAAAAAAUAAGUUUAGUGGCUCUAUUCCAAAGCAGUUGUGCCAGUUAACCAGUGUGAGUUUGAUUGAUCUAUCUAGUAAUUCUCUUUCUGGUCAAAUACCUCAUUGUCUAAAAAAUAUUGCUCGCCCAACGUACCAGGCUUUCAUCGAGAGUAGCUACGCAUCAUACCCUAGGAAUUCGUUUUACAAUUAUAGGAGCAUUCUAAAUAAGAAGUUUAAUAUCCAUGACUCUGAUAACUUGUAUGAGACACAAGACGAAAUUACGUUCACAACAAAAACCCUCGCUCUAUUCUACAAGGGAGGCAUUCUCAAUAUGAUGUCGGGAUUAGAUCUAUCUUGUAAUAAAUUAACCGGUGAUAUCCCUAAAGAGUUGGGAUUGUUAACCCAUAUUCGUGUUUUGAACUUGUCUCACAAUGUGUUAACAGGACCAAUUCCAGCGAGCUUAUCAAAUCUCACAGAUAUUGAGAGCUUAGACCUUUCUUCAAAUGGUUUGACAGGGAAAGUUUCGGUUGAACUUAUUAAGCUACACUCUUUAGCUGUUUUUAAUGUUUCUUAUAACAAUUUAUCAGGUAAACUCCCAGAAAUGAAAGAACAAUUUAGUACAUUUACCAAAGAGAGCUAUGAAGGGAAUCCACUUCUUUGUGGACCACCAUUAGAGUAUAAAUGUACGACUGAACCACACGAAACCUAUCAAUUAAAUGAGGAAGAAACAUAUGAAAAAUGGCAUGAUGUUGAUAUGACAUCAUUCUAUGGAAGUUUUGGUUCCACAUGGCUGGUGUUCAUGUUUGGAUUUGCUAUUCUUCUUUACAUCAAUCCUUAUUGGCGUAAAAGGUGGUUGGACUUCGUUGAAGAAUGUUUGUAUACAUGUUACUACUUCUUUUACUAUUUAGGAUGGAAAAUCUCUAUGUUAUUUCGAAAGUAGGCCAUGUUGUUUAACGUCUAGGUAUCUACACUUCAUCAUUUUGAUAUAUGUACGAUAUAAUUCAGCUACACAAACA